AUGGAAUGUAUCAGGGACAAGUUCGUCGGUGGCCUCGUACUGGAUGGUCGCUUUGAAACCAUUUCACCACUGAAUCACGGGUCAUUCGGUAUGGUCUUCAUGGCCCAGGAUUUGAUGACAAAUGAGAUCGUAGCCAUCAAAUGUUUGACCAAGAAGGCUGCGCCUGGCGAAGCUGGUUUGGAGUUUGCCGUUGAUGACAAGUCUGAAGAACUUGCUCUUCACAGCAAUCUUGGAUCCCACGACAACAUCGUCAAUCUUCUGCACUCCUUCGAGACGGACGCUCAUGUUUACCUGGUCAUGGAGUUUUGCUCCCAGGGCGACCUGUACGAAGCGAUCAGGAACGGCCAUGGUCCCCUGCAGACGGAGCACGUUCGUCAGUUCAUGUUGCAGCUUGUCGAUGCUGUGACCUACAUUCACUCCAAGGGUGUCUAUCAUCGCGACAUCAAACCCGAAAACAUCUUCCUAACUCAGGACGGCGCAGUCAAGCUCGGCGACUUCGGCCUUGCAACCAAAGACAAGUGGUCAUAUGAGAUGACCGUCGGUAGCGAUCGCUACAUGGCACCAGAACAAUUCGAUUCAGCCGGCGCCGGAUACUCUCCUGCUGAGGCUGAUAUCUGGGCUAUCGGCAUCUGCUUACUGAACAUUCUCUUCUCACGCAACCCCUUCACGACACCGACUGAGGCGGACCCGUUGUUCCUGGAUUUUUCUCGUGACAAACAGAGUCUUUUCGACGUGUUUCCUGCCAUGUCGCAAGAUACAUACGAGGUCAUUGUUCAGUGCAUGAAUUUGGAUCCUAGAAGGCGAUCGCUGGAAGGAGCUCGGGAUGCACUACUCCGAGUGGUGAGCUUCACCACAGAAGAUGAGUCGCUCGAUGACUUCUGUGGAGCAGAGAAGGCGACAGUUGCGUCUGCUAACCGCGAACCCCUUCGUACACCGUCUAUCCAGAGCCCUCACAUCGAUAAUCAGACGGGUGCCUUCCCUUGGGCAAAGGCUUUGCAUGCAAGUCCUCAUCGCCAGGUUCGCCAGUUGAGUGCCAUCCCUGACAACGAGAGCUACACUGAAGACUUGUUCUCCAAGUCUGGCGAAACUCUUGAUUGGUGCUCGGCCAGUAUCCAGACUCCAUCCAUGUCGUCUAUUUUGGGUUCUCAGUUGGAUGCCUCAAUGAAGUCGCUAGCCAUCAAGAAGCCGUAUCGUGCCGGUGUUUCACCGGCUGCUGGUUCGCUGCCAAUCACAAUGGCCAAGCCGCUUACCUUGUCCAUGUCAACUGUCUUUGGACGUCGCAAAGAUGCCGUAUCCAAGAGCUGGAGUGACAUGUGGGAUGAGGAGGAAGAAGAGGAACAAGAAGAGCAGAUGAAGGCUCUGCAAGAACUUAAUUCUAGGACUUGGAGUCAUGAGAGUAGAAGUGAGGCGAAGAAGACCGACGGUCAGGACGCCUUCCCCGCAUCACAGGUGACCAUCAAAGGCGACGUGGAUGAUGACCUGGUUGCUGAUGGGUUCUUUUUCCAAGAUACCCCUACAGUCAAGUUGGUACCUUCAGCUAUGCCACGAUACUCUCCUCCGUCUAAACGAUUCAAUUAUGACAAAUGGGCCGCAUUGGGUGAGCGUCGGAGGGGCCAAAGCACAAUUAUGGAAAUGGAUAAGUUGCCUGGCUUGAAGCCACGACGACAAUUUGGGUUUGGAUAUAAAUCUUAUGAAGCCGGCGUUUGGGAUCAUUCAACAUAUAACAAUAACAACAACUUUACGAGUAAGAAUUGGGGCAGAGAUCGAUCGAAGGAAUGCCCUUGGAAUAGGGGAAGAGAUUGCAAUUGGCGCCGAGAUCAGAAGCGCAAUGAUUUCGGAGACGUUGAGUGGGUUGGUGGUUGGUAG